AUGGCUCUGGAGGGAGCGAUCUGCGUGCCUCACGACUUCCACUGCGUUCACCUGCAGAUGAAGAAGCAGAAAGAGAAGAUGGGGGAGUCGUUGCAGAUGGCUUCCCAGAUCUACUAUAACUCACCUUGUAGUUCAUUGUGUAGUCUUCGUUUCUUUUUCUCAGAAAUGAAUCUGAGUGAGUCCUUCAGCCGCCGGUCGGUCGAGUACUAUGACGCAGAACCCACAAAACUGCUGGAGUCCAGCGAGGAAAACACCCGCAUGAUUAACCUCUGGGUGGCAAACAAGACCAACAACAAGAUUACAAAUUUAAUCAGUGAAGUGUCACCAAACGCUCAACUGAUCAUGAUCAACGCGGUGUCGUUCAGUGGUCAGUGGAAGUUUAAGUUCAAUGACAAACCAAAAAAAGGACUUUUCACAAAAUUCAGCGGAGACAUGGUAAGGGUUCCAGUCAUCCAAAGUCCGAAGUACCAGGCGACUAUGAUGUAUGUUCCAGAGCUGAAGGCACAGGUCGCGAGGUUUGCCCUCACGGGCGACAACAGUCUCUACAUCCUGCUGCCGCAUGCCAACAAACUGUCUGACCUGCAGCAGGUGGAGGAGAGGAUGACGGACGGAAACGUGCGCCGAAUGAUAGAGCAACUGAACGCAGCCUCCCCCCAGACACUGGAGGUCAAUCUGCCCCAAAUCAAGCUGGACGUGGAGCCAAACAUGAACGUGCUCUUCAAGAAAUUAGGCUUGUCUUCGCUUUUUGAGGGCGCCAGCCUGUGUGGCAUCUCCUCAGACGGUGAUCUGGUUCUGGAUGAGGCCAAACACAAAGCCUUACUCACCCUGUCCGAGCGAGGAGUCGACGCCAACGCUGCCACCAGCUUGUCGUUCUCGCGCUCCUUCCCUACCUUCAUCGCCUUGCGGCCUUUCAUCAUGCUGCUGUGGAGCGAUCAGGCUGACGUGCCGCUCUUUAUCGGCCGGGUGACGGAGCCAUAGGCGCCAUGAGGGGAGAAAAGCAAAUAAGCAGAAAAAAAAAAUGAUUAAUGGAGUCUGCCUGUCAAAGAGUUGAGAAUAAAUCAUGCAAGAUAGCAUCAUUUUUUUC